AUGAGAUUUGAAAUGACCCACCACGCCCCGGCUUUAACUCCAAACUUGCCUCAACCUAGCGAAGUUGAGCUGAUUGCUUCCACGUUGGUUGAAUCUGAAUUUGCCACUGACGCCUUUGAAACUGAGAUUGAUUGGGAAACGGAAACCGACACUGACACCAGCUCGGAAGCGGGCACCGACUACGACUCCGACGUUGAAGGCGAGGUCUUCACAGCGUUUAUCACGUUACCUUCAUUGCCUCCGGUGCCUCAAACAAUGGAAGAAUUGCUCGUGGCGGCGGGCAGACUCCUCGAGAUGUCGGCGGCGGCGCUGCGGGAGGCGUUGGCUGACCCUGCUCGUGCUCGUGCUUUUAGCCCUGGCACUGGACACUAUGUCCAGCCACCACCGGUGGUGAUGCCACCGAGAUAUGAACCCAUGGACCAGACGGCGGCGACGGCGUAUUUGGACCAGCGGUUGGCGGCGUUGAGCCGGCUGGUGUCGUAUGGCGAGGCGUACCGGAAACGUCUUCUUGGCGGUGGAUGCUGGCAGUACCCGCAAAUGCUUGAUGAUCAUGCUUCCCGACAACGCCGGAGAGACCUUGAAGCCCUCCGCGCCCAGAACAUGGCCUCGUACCGAGAGGUGAUUGAAGUGGUGGAGGCGUUUAAGUUGGCCCACCCGGAGAUGUUUUCAAAGAAAGAGCCGUCUCAGAUCAAGGGCAAGUUUUGA